AUGGUGAUGAAAGGUCCAGGAAGGAGGUCUGCAGCACUGGGCUACGUCCCUCCCCCGACUAUGGUGAUGAUAGGUCCACGAAGGAGGUCUGUAGCACUGGGCUACGUCCCUCCCCCGACUAUGGUGAUGAAAGGUCCAGGAAGGAGGUCUGUAGCACUGGGCUACGUCCCUCCCCCGACUAUGGUGAUGAAAGGUCCACGAAGGAGGUCUGUAGCACUGGGCUACCUCCCUCCCCCGACUAUGGUGAUGAAAGGUCCAGGAAGGAGGUCUGUAGCACUGGGCUACGUCCCUCCCCCAACUAUGGUGAUGAAAGGUCCACGAAGGAAGUCUGUAGCACUGGGCUACGUCCCUCCCGCGACUAUGGUGAUGAAAGGUCCAGGAAGGAGGUCUGUAGCACUGGGCUACCUUCCUCCCCCGACUAUGGUGAUGAAAGGUCCAGGAAGGAGGUCUGUAGCACUGGGCUACAUCCCUCCCCCGACUAUGGUGAUGAAAGGUCCACGAAGGAGGUCUGUAGCACUGGGCUACGUCCCUCCCCCGACUAUGGUGAUGAAAAGUCCACGAAGGAGGUCUGUAGCACUGGGCUACGUCCCUCCCCCGACUAUGGUGAUGAAAGGUCCACGAAGGAGGUCUGUAGCACUGGGCUACGUCCCUCCCCCGACUAUGGUGAUGAAAGGUCCACGAAGGAGGUCUGUAGCACUGGGCUACGUCCCUCCCCCGACUAUGGUGAUGAAAGGUCCACAAAGGAGGUCUGUAGCACUGGGCUACGUCCCUCCCCCGACUAUGGUGAUGAAAGGCCCACGAAGGAGGUCUGUAGCACUGGGCUACGUCCCUCCCCCCGACUAUGGUGAUGAAAGGUCCACGAAGGAGGUCUGUAGCACUGGGCUACGUCCCUCUCCUGACUAUGGUGAUGAAAGGUCCACGAAGGAGGUCUGUAGCACUGGGCACCCUCUGGGAGUUUGA